AUGACUGACCAUCGGCGGCCCCCAGCGCCUGCUUCGCCUUCCAUCCCCCCGGCGCCCCCACCGCCGCCACCAAAAAUAAAAUCCCGUUCCUACUUUGAACGUUUCGUCGCCCAGCCCUUGCAGUCGGCCGCAUAUGCCUCGCGGCCACCAAGCGCCCAGGCCAAUCGUCCGGACGGCGGGCCUCUGAAUCCACUAGUCCCGAAGCUGCUCGGCACUCGCACAGGAUACUCGCAAGAUGCAACCCACAAGACAGGCCUCGACAUCUCGGCCCUUGACAUCAACUGUGAGAGGACCCAUGCCGUGCUCGCUGGCAAGGACAUCCUGAAAACAGUACGUGUCCACGGCACCAAAAUCGUCGACGAGACCAAUCUGCGUGCCGCUGUCCUCAACUAUCCCGACUCCCAUGCGCGCCAACGAGAGGGCCUGGGCAUCCAGGACGUCAAGUGGUCCCACGGCCAGUUCAGCUCGCACAUUGCCACGGCCGUCGCCAACGGCAAAGUCAUUCUGUACGACCUGAAUCGUGCCAGCGUGGAGCUCGUCAGACUACACGAGCAUACACGUCAAGUCCACAAACUAGCCUUCAACCCACACCAAGGUCACCUGCUGCUUUCUGCAAGUCAUGAUGCCACGGUUCGUCUGUGGGACUUGCGCGACAUGCGUCGAGAAGCCGCUGCCUGUACCAGUCGGGACCAGUACCAUGGUAUCAGUGGCGGCAUUCGUGAUGUCCAGUGGUCUCCUACUGACGCCGUUGAGUUCGCUUUUGGCACAGACAACGGAACCAUUCAACGCUGGGAUUUCCGCCACAGCAAAGGCCCCAAGCAGAAGAUCCCAGCUCACGACCAGAAGACCUGCACUUCAAUCGACUGGCACCCAGAUGGAAAACAUUUGCUCAGUGCAGGUGUCGACCGAACGAUCAAGGUCUGGGACUUCUCAGUGGAUGGUCGAAGGCAGAAAGCGGCUUAUGUUCUGAGUACACCGUAUCCGGUGCACAGAGCGAGAUGGAGACCGCCUUACUGGUCUGAUGAGUUCCACGAAAAGGGCGCUUUUCAGUGUACCCAGGUAGCGACAUCCUAUGAUCGUGACCACCCAGUCGUCCACGUUUGGGACUUUCGACGACCGCAUUUGCCUUACAGAGAGAUCAACAGGUUCCGGAGUCCACCGUCAGAUAUGCUCUGGCAUUCACGUGACACGCUGUGGACCGUUGGAAAAGAAGGCAUAUUCCAGCAAAACGAUGUGCAUCACGCUCCGAAGAUUACGGAGCGGCGGCCUUUACAGGCAAUUGCCAUCUCGCCAACGGGGGAAUUGAGCGGCGUUGCGCAGAAGAGAUCACGGCAACGUCGUUCAGCAGCUCCCAUGUAUGAUGAUGUGUAUCUUGGUGCGCCACCUGACAAGCACGGCAGCCUCGAGAAGGGCAGCAUACGGAGCUCCGCAGAAAACAGCCUUGACGAUAGUUUUCUGGCCUCCUCGAUGAAGCGGCACCAUGGCCGCACCGCCAGCAGCAGAUCAGCAAAGUCUUUCAGUAGCACGCCUCCUUCUGACGUGACUCCCAAGGUUAUGUUCUUGCCCGACUCCAUGAGUACACAAAGCGAACAGUUCCAACCAGACCAGCUUGCGUUUCGAGGUACUCUACCAGGUGCCGCCAAUGUUCAAAUUUUCGCAUACCUCGCUCAGAAGUACAAAACAAUCCCACUACCUGAUCCUCCUGCUUUGGAGUCGUAUUUCGAGAUCGAGCAAGCGUUCCGACAAAAUGCCGAGUACGCACAAAGGGCUGCAUAUCACAGACUUGCGCAAACCUGGACCUUGGUUGGGAUGGCAAUAGCUAGUGCGACCAAACGGCGUGCAGAAAUGCACCGAAGCUUACGACUGAAGGACAAGAAAGCCAAAUUUGAGGACACGAACAAUGUUCCUGGACACUCGCAUGCUCAGAGUAAACCACUUGCUGCCCCACAAAACCCAGCGGUCCGCGCGAUCCUUGGCACGCUCGACAGGCCGCGUUCUGCGUCACCACUUGCACGGCCAGCUGCUCAGUUUGAAAGCACAUCCAACCUGGCGACGCCGCUGGCACGGCCUGUUGACAUUCCUGGUUCAGCCUCCAAUAGGACUGAACUUCCUGAUCCCGAUCAUGACGACAAAAUUCAUCUCCCACCAUCAGUCAUGGGAGUUCCUGAAGCAAGCAAAGGGUCCACAGUCGCACCUCACACACAAUCAAAGUCCAAUGGAUCGCAUUGGUAUGAUUCCCCUGAGGGCUUGGAAGAACGCCGAGCUGCAGCCGGCAGCUGGCGGGCAUCGCCGCGGAUACCCUUGAAUCUCAGCCCAGCACUUGCUCGCGAAAACCAUUCAACCGUUCCCCCUCCGCUGGAGCGUCAUAAUUCGGGCGAUAGUUUUACAAUGUUCUCUGCAUCCACGGAUUCCCAGCAUGGAAGCUCCGUUUCAGGCUCGUUCGAAAGUGGCAACUCGGAUGGUCGCAGUCUGGAGUCUUUGUCAGCAGGCUGGCAGCAUGCUCCGGACAAGUCUAGUUUCGGUCGGCCUAGAGCCCUGUCCAGCACCGGCCAGAAGAACGACCUGGGUCAAAGCACGAACAGAGGGUCAAAUACGAUUCCCAUCCCUGGUGGUCCAGCACCGAGCCAGGACACGGGCCGUUUAAUGCUGCCAAGCAGUAGUGAAAGAGUCACUCAAGAAAUGAAAGCCCUACGACAAACAAAUCAGCUUAUGCGCCAUGACAGCGCGGAAUCCUCAGCAUAUGCCAGUAGCCAAGAGGGGGCCUCAACUCCGUCAGCUUACAGCGCUGACAUGGAAGCCAGUGGUACCAUCAUACCUGAAGUGUUUGACAAUCCCAGAUCGCCACACGUUGCUUCCCCUUACGUUACGAAGAGUAUCUUUCAAUCAUCCAUACCGACAAAGGAAUCUCAACUGUUGCUUUCAGACUUCCAGACGCUGCAUAUCGACGCUGAAGGCACAUCUGCUUUCACAGUCGUUGGCUUGCUGAACAGCAUCCUCCAAUUCCACACGGAGACUUUGUCAGACGCACAAUUUCCGUCAUUACUUCUGCUACUGCUCUCGCCGCUAUUACCACAGACACACUCGCCUUCUGAAUCGUCGGGUAUUGAUGUUGCCGAAGUUCUGGGUACUUUCUCGGACACAUUCACGGCUCUGGGCCUCACGCCGACUCAAGCCAAAGCGGUCCUCUCAUCGCAGCUGGGAGAACUGAUAGCCACAGGCAUCAACCCAUACCAAGCCGAGUCGAUCUUGCAUACGUACCACGGGCAGCUGCAUAGCCUUUCCCUCUUCAACUCUGCAGCUUCUCUUCGACGGCUCGCAUAUCCUACCUUCCCUGCAGUCUACGAGCAGGCAUUAAAAGACACCCAACUUGGCCUGUUGUGUCUCAGCUGCAAGUCGCCCAUCAACAACCCGAAGGACAAGAUGCGCUGUGAAUCUUGCAAAAGAGCGCAAGCUUCUUGUCCGAUAUGUUGGGGCAAAUACCCAGCAUUCGAGCCCAUCACCGCAAAGAGGAAGUCGAAAUCGAAGCACCGAGACGAGAAGGGCCACAAGAGGAAACGAUCAUCCCUGAUCGCCGUAGGAGAAGCCCUGCCGGACGAUACGGAUGACAGCCCCUCACCGUCAACGCCACAGAGGUGGAGCCCUACACCCGCAACCCUAUGGACAUGGUGUUCUCUCUGCGGCCAUGGUGGUCACACUAACUGCUUGUCGACCUGGUUCGCUGACGCUGCCCUCUCCGACGGCGCUUGUCCCACUGAAGGCUGUCUCUGUGACUGCGUCUCGGGAAAUCGUCGAGACGAGAAGAUGCGCGAUCUGAUCCGCAGGAAAACGGAGAAAGAGCGGUCAAAGCCCGUCAAAAAGGGUGAUGACUGGAAAGUAAGAGAGAGUAGAGCCGUCUCUGCAGUCCGCGGCACCUUCGGAGAAACCGGAAGCCAACCCCCAUCACCCGGCAGCCGCAAAGAGGAAAGCAAGAAGGUCCGCGUGUUCGCUUCAGCAUCCGGGAUCGGCCCGCAGGCGGGUGCCUCAUCAACAUGA